AUGCAAAUCAGAGGAAUGGAUGCUCAACUGACUCUUAUGAAUUCAAAAACAGUGUUAAAUACUCUCUUGAAAGAAGUUUUGGUUGUUGAUUCAUGUCUAAAUGCUGUGUAUCCAAAUAUUCUGUCUACUACCAGUGAUGAAGUGCUAAGAGUGGAAGUUGUCACUUUUGAUAAAGCAACAGAAGAUGAAAAGUAUCUGGACAUGUCAGCUGUGGAUCUGAAAUUGAAGGUAUCUCUUGGUGCAACAAAACUAGUCUUCUUGAAUAGAUACAUUUCUAAGUUAUUGAAUUUUAUCAGUGAAUUUGAAACAGCAAAAGAGAAAAUAGCAGAAGCUAGUGUGGCAGCAGCAGAAGUGGCCAAACAUGGCAUGGAAGAAGCUUAUCAAAAAGCAACAAGAGUUUCAUUAGAUAUACACCUUAAAGCCCCAAUUAUAAUAAUGCCACAGAAUUUUCAUUCUGAAACAGUUCUAAUAGCAGAUUUGGGAACACUGAAAUUGUUCAAUGCAUUUACAAUGCUGAAUAUAAGUAAUGAUUGUGGGAUUCCAGCAAUAUUUGAUAACUUGUGUUUAGAGUUCUCUGAUUUGAAGCUAUCAACUGCAAUUGUGAACACUGUGUCUGGAAAAAUUCUUGCCGAAUCUAUGUUACUUGAACCAAUUAAUUUGAAGUUGGAGGUAGUUCGCAAUCUGGCCAUAGGAUGGUACAUGGAAGUUCCAGAAGUAGCAGUCAAAGGUAAUCUUGCUGCAGUGAGAGUGAUUUUGAGCCAAGAAGAUAUUACCAUUAUUAUGAAGUUUUUGGUUGAAAAUCUUGGUGAUGCAGAACGAAAUAUCUCGUCCUCAGAGUAUUCAGCCAAAGCUAGUGUAGUUGAAAAACAUACCAGUGGAAAGAAAAUUUCUGUAAACGAACAUAUGGAAGACAAAAGAAAACACUCUGAACUCAUAGAAUCUGUGUUUAAAAGAAUGACAUUUGCUUUUCAGUUGGACAGUUUCAAGGCUUGUUUGUAUGAGGGAAGCUCAAACUUGACUUCUGGUCUUUCUGAAAGAAAACCAGAAUGUUCAUUGGCUCAGUUUGAGCUUGUGACCAUAACAAUAAAAGGAGAAAUAUUAAGUGAUAGUUCUUUUUGUGGUAAUGUAAUUCUUGUUAACUGCAUCUUAGAUGAUAAGCGGUCUAUAAGGAAAAAAGGAAUCACCAGACUAAUGGAUAGGGUUCCAGUCAAGAAUGAUACUGAGAAUAUGAUUGAUAUUACCUUCAGACAAGAUUUAAAUCUUGACAAAUUUUUGUUUACUAAAAUCUCAAGUUUUAACCUUGUUCUUAAUGUGGAUUAUUUAAUGAUAUUAGGAGAUUUUUUUGUUAAAGCUAUGCCAGAGAAUUUGUCACCACAACCUACAACUACUGCAGUUCCAGAAACACCAGAUGUUACAGAUCAUGCUGAUGCUGGACCUUUUGGAUGUACAUCUAUAAACUUGAAUAUUAAAGAGCCAGAUUUAAUACUUAUAGAAGACAUGGAAGAUUUUAAUUCUAAUGCUAUUAUUUUGAAGUUUAAAAUGGAUGCUAAAAUGAUGAUGUCACCAAAUUCUCAAUCAGUAUCUGGUGUCAUUUCUCACCUUCAGCUUUUUACAGCUUGUUUUAACCCUGAAUUGAGAGCUAAUACGAUGUCAGAAAUAUUAAGACCUUGUGAUAUUACUCUUUAUUCUUAUUCUCCUAAUAUGAAAGGUCAACAUGUGAAUAUAGAUUUCACAAGCAUUUUUCUGAAUGUAUCACCAAACACUAUAUCCAUAUUCAUGAAUAUUUUGUCUAGUUUAGCUUCUCAAAAAAGUUCAAAAGAGCUCGACGAAGCAAAGUCUUCUGAAGAAUAUUCAAAGUUGUGGACACCAAAGAAGCUUGAAGAAUGCUCUUUUUGGUUUUUAGAGAAUAUUGGUUUUGCUGAGGAAGCUGUAGAAGAUGUUAUUGUAUGCAUUGAAGAUAAAAAUCAAAUGAAAGUUGACUCAGAAUUAUUCAUGUUGAAUAUGAAUACUAUAACAUUAACAGUUGAGACUGGUGUAGGGAUACAGACAGUUCCGAUGGUUAUGAUGGAGGCUUCUUUCCAGGCACAAGUUCAAAAUUGGAAUUCAAAUCUUCAUCUUAAAUCAGUUUUUUCAAUGGAAAUAGUUUACUUCAAUGAAAAGCUAGCUGUGUGGGAACCACUUGUUGAACCAGUUAAAAAUGCAUCAGGGAGAUCAGAACCUUGGAAACUGCUAAUAGAAAUAACCAAGAAUUCUGAAUUACCAGAAGCUUCUACUGAAGACAUAGAAUCCAUAGAAAUCUCACUUCAGCCUCCAGUUAUGCGUGUUAAUAUAUGUUCAAGUGAUGUAAUGGAACUGAUGGUCAGUAAGGUUGCUCUAGAGGUCUUAACUCAUCUUGGCCAUGCUUUUGGUGAAGCAGUUAAACAAGCCCAUAAACAUAAAUAUAUACAGCCAGAAGCUCCAUAUGUUGUGAAAAAUCACUUGGGAACUCCAAUGUCUGUUAUACUAGCCAAUAACAUUUUUCAGGUUGUUGGACAAGAUCAUUUUGGUUUCAAAGAAGUAAUUUUAGAGCCAAAUAGUUCAGUUUAUUUGAAACUCAUUUCUUCUGCAAAGGAAGAAAGUACAACUUCGAUCCUAAUUAAGCAGAAUGUCAAAUUAGAAGAAGCAUUGUGCAUCAAAAUUGAAACGGAUUUGAUCAACACUGUACGAAACAUCAACAUUUCUCAUGUUGGCAAACGAUAUUUUCAGCUACCCCUUAAAACCUAUCCAGGUGAUCAGUGGGGUUUUGUUGUUGAUGUGGCUUCAUUGUUUGGCUCAAAAAUAAUUACGUUUCAAAGUUGUAUCACUGUCAGAAGUGAUUUUUCAAAUCCAAUGGAGUUAUAUUACAUGAGACCAGGAGGAAAUGAGCUUGAAAUGUGUGGAGUCUUAGAACCUGAAAAGACAUUCUUUGUUCCUUUAUAUGGAGUGUACACUCCCACUAGUCAGUUUUUCUUUAAACCUAAUGAAGGUUCGUUUAGUGUUUGUACAGAGCCAUUUGUUUGGAAGGAUCUAAUGAGUGAACCAAGCACAUCCAAAAUACUACAAUGCACAAGCCACAGUACUGAAAGCAGAAACCUUUUUUUCAAAGUGUUUGGGAAUGUUGAACAAGUUUAUUUUGAAAGAUCUAUGAAAAAGACGUUAGUCAGUACAUGCUAUGCACUACAUAUACGACCAACUGCAUCAUUGAGAAAUUUGCUUCCAUUCACUAUCAGAUAUACAAUACAAGGUGUGAAUGAGGAAUUUGUCUUAGAGGAAGGUUUUACUCAUGAUCUUGUAUCUGCUUAUCCUGGUAAAACCUACCUGCAGAUUAAGUUACCAAAUUAUUUGGAACGAAAAUGGGUGUGUUGUAAAGAAAUAAAUCACACUGUAGCUGAUUUGUCUAUUUGGACAUUUUCUUCAAAUGUAUUAGGUAGUGAGCUUUCCUUAGAUCUUGGCAUGCAUACUCGAAAAUCUGAUGGUUAUUUAGAUAUGGAAAUCUACUGUCCAUUUUGGAUGAUUAACAAAACAAAUCUACUUCUAACUUACAAAGGAGAACAACAUAAUAUUACUACCCAUCCUGGAAGUCUAAAUGCCCCUUUGUUGUUUUCAUUCAGAGCUAAAAAUUUUUUUUCAAAAAAGAAGGCUUCUUUAAAAGUGGAAAAUUCAGAAUGGUCAGAUGAAUUUGCAGUUGAUGCUGUGGGAAGCAGUGGUUCAAUUGCUGCAAAGAUUAAAGAUGGUAAGACCUACUGUUUGGGUGUCCAGAUAAUGCUUGGUCAAACUAGCUUGAACAAAAUUGUUGUGUUCACUCCAUUUUAUAUGUUAAUGAAUAACAGCAAGUUUGAUAUUCAGGUUAAAGAGAACCUGGAAUCAGCACAAUGGGUAACUGUUUUUGCUGGUGAGUGUGCUGCUUUUUGGCCUGAUCAGAGAAAAAAUAUGGAAAUGUUAGUGAGAUAUGCAAACAGUGAAAAUCAAACUGCACCUUUUUCGUUUAAGGAACCACAUUCAAGCCUUCUCAGGUUGGGAGGUUUGAAUAGUGCUAUUUAUGUAGAUUGUCAAGUUGGAGAAUCUUCAACUGUACUAACCUUCUGCAAUUACUAUGAAGGGUCAGCUCAAGUUCGGCUAAUUAAUCAUACAGAUAGUUUUACUAUAGAAUACUUUCAGUGUGGUAAAAAUAAGAAAGUAGAGCUGGUAGCACAACACUGUAUUCUCUAUGUGUGGGAAGAUCCAAUGGGUGAAAGGGAACUGCUUUGGUCGUGUGGAAAUAAGAUCAAUGGGAGAAACAAUCUUAUCGAAGAUGGAAUUGGUGAAUUUUUUGCUGACAAAGAUUCAAAAAUAUACUGGGUAUCUUUUCUGGAUGGUUUACAGCGGACCCUUAUAUUUACUGAAGAUAUUGCUGUAGCAACUGCUGCACAAGAAGCAGGAGAGCUAGAGCGUAUUGAGCAAGAAAUCACUGUAUCCCUGCAGGGUGUAGGAAUCUCUCUUGUAGACAGUGAGAGAAGAUCUGAGAUUGUGUACAUGAGCUUAGCUAAUUCAGGAGUGUUGUGGGAACAGCGCAAGUUCAGAAGUCAUAGGUUUAAACCUGUAAGUUUAAGAGAAAAUGUUAUACUAGAAGAAGGAUACCAGAAAUAUUUGAGAGAAACUCAGAUAAGAAGAAAACCAAAAUCAAAGUUUUCUCUUGAAGGGAAACUUGAAGUAGAUUUCGAUGAGAUGAUAAUGUAUAAACCUAAAAAGAGUCAUAUUCGGAGAUCUUUUCAACUUGGCAUUUGGGCUCAGUAUAGUUCAUCUCCUCAUCAACUUCAACUGCAUGCAAAGAUUAACAAGCUACAAAUUGAUAAUCAACUGGUAGAUUGUGUCUUUCCUGUGGUUCUUGUUCCAGUGCCACUUCCAAAGUCUGUUGCUGCUGAUAGUGCUCCUAAACCUUUUACUGAAAUCAGUAUCAUGAUGAGGAAAACAGAACAUAGUUCACUUAAUCAGUUUAAAUAUUUUAAAGUAUUGAUCCAGGAAUUCCAAGUGAAAUUAGAUCAAAGUUUUUUAAACUCCUUGAUAUCAUUCUUUUCUCCAAAAGAACCAGCUCAUAUAAAUCACAAGGAAUUAUUGGAGAAAGACAAAGUGGCCAUAAAAAAAGAUUUGAAAGGUUUUGCAACAAUAUACUCUUCUCAAGAUCAGAAGAGUUUCUAUGACAUCCUUCAUUUUUCUCCAAUUAAAAUUCAUUUAAGUUUCUCCAUGACAGGAGGCGGUAAGCAUACUAACCAACGAACUGCUAUUCAUUCUGAUUUCAUAAACCUUCUUUUACAGAGUGUUGGAGUCACAGUUACUGAAAUACAAGAUGUAAUAUUCAAGCUAAAUUAUUUUGAGAAGCAAAAUGCCUUCCUCACUCAAAGACAACUCAUUUCUGAUGCCACCAUGCAUUACACAGGACAAGCUCUCAAGCAACUUUACAUGCUAGUGCUUGGCCUUGAUGUAAUUGGUAAUCCUGUUGGACUUUUGUUAGGAAUUACUGAAGGUGUGGGUGACUUCUUUUAUGAACCAUUUCAAGGGGCAAUACAAGGUCCUGAAGAGUUUGCAGAAGGACUUGCUAUAGGCGUUAAAAGUCUUUUAGGGCAUGCAGUUGGAGGAACAGCUGGUGCUGUUUCUCGUAUCACUGGCACUUUAGGUAAAGGCCUGGCAGCUCUUACAAUGGAUCAGGAAUACCAGAAGAAAAGGCGGCAGCAAAUGAACAAGCAGCCCGAAGAUGUUGCACAGGGCCUAGCACAAGGUGGAAAAGGUAUUAUCAUGGGUGUCUUUGAAGGAGUCACUGGGGUGGUAACUAAACCAGUGACUGGUGCUAAAGAAGAAGGAAUUGGAGGCUUCUUCAAGGGUAUUGGGAAAGGUCUGAUUGGUGUUGUUGCUCGUCCAACAGGUGGUGUUGUUGAUUUUGCUAGUUCAGGACUGGAGGCAGUAAAGAAAAUAACAGAACUUUCUGAUGAAGUUAAACGAACAAGGUGUCCUCGUUACAUUCAUCCAGACACAGUUAUUAAGCCAUAUCACCGCAUUGAAGCUGAAGGAAACCAACUUUUGCAGGAAACUGAAAAAGGAAGGUUUGUCACAACAGAUGAGUAUAUAGCUCAUCUACCACUUGGGUCUGAAGAUAAAAGUUACUUGUUAGUCACCAGCAGAAGAGUAAUGUAUAUAAGUCAAGGGGAUGUGUUUGGCCAGUGUAACACAGAGUGGCAGAUUGUCUGGAAUGAUAUCAGGGAAACCCCACAGAUAACAGAGAAGGGAAUCAAAUUCAUGCUGAAGGAGCCUAGGAAAAAAAAGUUAGGAGGACUGCUUAGAAAUGAAGAGACGGGGAAGUUAGUUUAUAUCUCUGAUCCAAAACUUUGUGCUUGGAUUGUGGGCAAAGUUGAAGAAGCCAUGAAGCAAUGUAUUUAA